GAAAAUUUUCAAAAUGGCGGCCAUCGGAGGAAUUGUAGCUCAAGAAAAUCAAGGCGGAUUUUCGUUUGAAAACUGCAAAAGAAAUGCCAUACUGGAGAAAAUGGGUGCUAAGCUGCCCACAGCAAGGAAAACUGGUACAACAAUUGCGGGAAUUGUCUUUAAGGAUGGUGUCUUAUUAGGCGCUGAUACAAGAGCUACAGAGGAUACUGUUGUUGCAGAUAAAAAUUGCUCCAAGAUCCACUACAUAGCUCCCAAUAUUUACUGCUGUGGGGCUGGCACUGCUGCUGAUACAGAAUAUGUCACAAAUCUUAUCUCCUCCAACAUUCAGCUCCAUAGCUUAUCCACUGGACGACAGGCCAGGAUUGUUACAGCUUUACGCAUGUUGAAACAGCUGCUCUUCAGAUAUCAAGGAUACAUCAGUGCUGCACUUGUACUUGGGGGUGUAGACUUAAAUGGCCCCACACUUCACACUGUCUACCCUCAUGGAAGUACUGAUAAGCUUCCAUAUGUCACAAUGGGUUCUGGUUCCUUGGCUGCUAUGUCUGUGUUUGAGUCACGAUACAAGCCCGAUAUGGAGCUUGAGGAUGCUAAACAACUUGUUCGUGAUGCAAUUGCUGCAGGAAUAUUCAAUGAUUUGGGAUCUGGCAGUAAUGUUGAUCUAUGUGUCAUAACCAAAGAAGGAACACAAUACCUCAGGCCUUAUGAUGUGGCAAAUGAGAAGGGCAUCAGGCAAGGAAAGUACUCUUACAACAGAGGCACCACAGCUAUUCUAACAAAAGAUGUAAAACCCAUCAUGAUGGAAGUGACAGAGACCAAAGUAACAGGAGAAGCCAUGGAAAUGUGAUAUUUCCAUACUUUUUGUUUAUUCCCUAUUGGAUUUGUACUCUCAUAAUAGCUGUAGUUAGAACUGCUACGCUAAGCUGAGACUCUUCUAAAACUAAACAGUGUAACUGCUUUAUCAGAAAGUCUACAAGGAAAUGUGUGCCAUGUUAAUAGAGAGGUUUGAAAUAAAAGGAAAAUGCGCAGGACA